AUGGCUCAUAGUUUCUUGUCAAGGGAGUUCAAUGAUGAAUACAUAAGUGAAACGAGUGGUCUUGAUCUCAGUCUUGCAGCCAUGGCUUGUUAUCCGUACCCUUAUUUGCCCAUAUUUGAGAACAAUGUUGUUUCCUGGAUGCUCCCUCUUCCGGAUGAAACCGAAGAUGCUAAGAGGAUCAAACGGUCCUCAAGCAUGGUUGAAUCCAUAAGAAGUAAUGGUAGCAGUCUUUAUAGUGGUGGAAGCAGUAUUUGCCGCAGUAGUAGCACUAACAGCUUGAAUAACAUUCCAAAGCUUCAUUUCAGAAAUCAUAUAUGGAAUUAUACGCAAAGAUAUCAUGCAGCCGAGGUUGUUGAAGAGGAAGCAGCAGCCAUGAUCAAUGCCGAGGAAGGUGGAAAUGAAGAAGAAGGGAAUGCUGACGGAAUGAGGUUGGUUCAGCUUCUAAUUGCUUGCGCAGAAGCCGUGGCCUGUCGUGACAAGUCACAUGCCUCGGCCUUAUUAUCUGAGCUCCGAUCUAAGGCUUUGGUCUUUGGCUCUGCUUUCCAACGGGUGGCAUCUUGCUUCGUGCAAGGACUGAUCGACAGGCUCUCUUUCUUUCAACCACUAGGGGCGGUUGGUUUUGUUGCACCCACGAUGAACAUAAUAGAUAUUGCCUCAGGCAAGAAGGAAGAAGCUUUACGCCUUGUUUACGAAAUUUGCCCACAUAUUCGGUUUGGUCACUUUGUUGCCAAUAAUUCUAUUUUGGAAGCCUUUGAGCGAGAGAGUUCAGUUCAUGUGGUGGACCUAGGAAUGACACUUGGAUUACCACACGGUCACCAAUGGCGCUUGCUUAUCCAAAGCCUCGCCGAACGAGCUGGAAAGCCACCUAGUCUUUUUCGAAUAAGUGGUGUUGGCCUUUGCGUUGACAGAUUCCGACCACCUAGUCUUUUUCGAAUAACUGGUGUUGGCCUUUGCGUUGACAGAUUCCGAAUCAUCGGUGAUGAACUCGAGGAAUACGCAAAAGAUAUGGGAAUUAAUCUGGAGUUCUCAGUGGUGAAAAGCAGCCUGGAAAACUUGAGGCCUGAAGACAUCAAAACCAGUGAAGAUGAAGUUCUUGUUGUCAACAGCAUUCUUCAACUCCAUUGCGUGGUUAAGGAAAGUAGGGGAGCUCUGAAUUCUGUCUUUCAGAUUAUUCAUGAGCUCUCACCAAAGGUUCUUGUUCUAGUUGAACAAGAUUCAAGCCACAAUGGUCCAUUCUUUCUAGGAAGAUUCAUGGAGGCACUGCAUUACUAUUCCGCCAUCUUUGACUCCUUGGAUACCAUGCUGCCCAAAUACGACACUAGGCGUGCCAAGAUGGAGCAGUUUUACUUCGCAGAAGAGAUAAAGAACAUUGUGAGCUGUGAGGGGCCGGCAAGAGUUGAACGGCAUGAGAGGGUGGAUCAGUGGCGCAGGAGGAUGAGCCGUGCAGGAUUUCAGGUUGCCCCCAUUAAGAUGAUGGCCCAGGCUAAGCAAUGGCUGGUGAAGAGUAAGGUUUGUGAUGGUUACACAGUUGUUGAAGAGAAGGGGUGCUUGGUGCUUGGCUGGAAAUCAAAGCCUAUAAUUGCAGCUUCUUGCUGGAAAUGCUAAAAAAGUGGCAGCCAACAAUUUUGCUGUUCUU